AUGACGAUCAGCGCUUCUAUCAUCUCGUUCUCGCCGAAUGCGAGAUCGAUGAUGGCUUCUUUAUCGUCGAGAAAGUCGUCUUCUUCGUAUAAAAAUAAGUCAUCAUCAUCUUCGAUUGUAAACAACACCAACAAUUACACGUCACCAAUGACUCUUCAUCAUCAUCAUCGAACGACUUCUUUCUUUGUUAAAAGACAACGCUUUAACGAAAAGAAGGUUUCAACAACAGUGAUGGUCAGAGCAGAAAACAAAGGAGACGAGGAACCGAAACUGACCCGAAAAAAGGAAGCAGAAACGGAGGCGUUCUUAUCUCCCGCGGAGAAAAGCGGGGAGAAUCCUUUGAAAGAUCCAAUGGCGAUAAUAGGCAUCGUGGGGAUAGUAGGCGUCCCGGCGUUGAUUUUACUCGUCGGCGUGACGAGCGGGUACAUCGGACAAUAA